AUGGUGUCGUUUCUCUCGUCAAUUCGCCAAGCUACGGCGCUCUUGGGUCUCUGCGCGGUAGUGGUGCACGGUCGAGCGCUGCCUCUGAUCAGCGAGGCGGUCUUUGCCGUGCAGGAUGCCGCCAGCCAGUCCACCUUCUCGCUCGCCACUUCACCUCCAGCGGACGCAGCAUACAGCGCGUCUUUGACCAGCUUCGUCUCCGGCCUCGCCCGCCCGCUCGACUACUGGACCGCCGAAGAAGGCGUCGGCCACCUCUCCGAGUGGUCCAAGGCGACCAAGCACUCGUUCCUCUCGGACUACCAUGCCGGUCGGGCGCACGAAUGGACCAUCGUCAUGGGCAACGAAGGGGGCGAUCUCGACAGUCUCACCGCCGCUCUGACGUGGGCGUACCACCUCUCGCACUCUACCUCUUCCAAAGCGAUCGCACUCCUCCAGACGCCCUUGGACGCACUCGACUUGCGACCGGAGAACAAACUCGCGCUGGAUUCCGCGAAGAUGUCAUCCGGCCAUCGGGACUUGUUGACGAUCGAUGAGCUGCCCGCCCACCCGCGUGCGCUGGCGAAGGAGAUCCAAGGGAUCGUGUUGGUCGACCACCCACUGCCGCUGAGUCGGUGGGAGGGAGCAAAGGUGUUGGGCAUCAUCGAUCAUCAUUCGGACCGCGGCGUGGCACCGGAUGCCGACCCAAGGGUAUUUGAGCCUGUAGCGAGCUGUACGACGCUCGUUGCACGACUGAUGCUGGAUGAACUGGAGGCGAUCCCCAACCCGCCCGGGGAGUACCACGUGCCGCACGAGCUGCUGGAACUCGUCCUCUCCGCCAUCGCCAUCGAUUCGGACGGUCUCAAUCCCAAAAAGUCCACCUCUGUAGAUGCGGAUGUAGCACAACGUGUACUGGAUCGCAGCAAUUGGCACGAUCGCUCGCUGGGCGAGGUGAUGGAUCGCCUGGACAAAGAUCUCGGCGAGGCCAAACGGGAUCUAUCCCACCUCUCCAUCCGCGACCUCCUCCGUCGGGAUUGGAAAGGCGAUGUAGUCGCCACCCUCGACCCUGCCACACCGGACAUUCACCUCGGAUUCGCAUCCACCCCCGUCUCACUCGACGACCAAAUCGCCCGCACGCCCGAACGAACCUUGAAGGCGUGGUUCAAAGUCGAGCGUCGCUGGACCGCCGAGAUCCACGCCGACGUGAGUUUGUGCUUGAACAAAUUCAAGGAUCGAAAAGGCAACAAGGUUCGGGAGAUCGUGUUGACGGUGAGGGAGGAUCACCGAGUCAAUGCCACCCAAGCCGAUAGCCUCUUUAGGGAAAUCAGUCGAGCCCUGGAAGAACGGUUCCCACUCAAGAAGCGGAACUUGCGCAACGAGGGAAAAGGACGACAGAUGGUCUGGACCCACGGCGAGAAGAGUGCCGGUAGGAAGGUCGUGCGACCCAUCGUGGAGCGUGCGGUCAAGAAUUGGGUCUCGCCCUGA